AAGCGUACAUAUAAUAUAAGCCAUACAUCAAACAGAACUGUACUGCAGAAACUCAAUUCUGCAGACAGUUACCGUGUUUAUAUACGAUCAUGUAACGAAGAAGGCAAGUGCAGUGUUAUAGGAAAUCGCUACGUCAUCAAGCCAUUGCAAGGUAAGUGGAUUUAGACUGCAGGCCUCAUUUUUUUCCUUGUCAUUUGUUUCUGUUUUCGCAAACCGCAUCAAAGUAAAAUAAAAUGUAAUGUGAGCAUUUCAGUAUCAGUCGUCCAAUCUCGCCUAAAAUAGUACAUGUCAAUGGCAUUUGUAUUUCCAAGUUGAAAUUAUGACUGUGUGUCACGUUUCAACUUAUGAAGGCGCCGCCGACUAUUUUCCUUUAGAAAACGGUCGCUGCCAUUAUUAACGGUCGAUACCACCAUUGGUAACCAAGCCUUGAGUCAUAAGAGAUGUAAUAUAUUCCCUGGAUGAAGUUAUAUGGGAGCGUAUUUUUGGGCGUCGAUGUACUAGGCGUGUGUGAAUUUUUUUUCAUGUGUAUUAGGGAUGUGUGAGUAGUGCAGUAGCGUUGUAUAUUUUAGGGUUUGGUUGAGAUGCGUGAAGUGGAAGGCGUCGAGUCAUAUUGGAUGUGAAUUGGUAAGAUAAUGGCUGUAGUUUGUCAAUCAGUGAAACUUGUUUCUCGUAGAAUUUAAUAUGAAGUAACAAAAAAUAAUUAUUUUGGGAGGUAAAAGUGAUUUUAGGUGUUGCAGUGAGGAAGUCGUGGAUGUGCUAAUAGGCUGAUUUAGCAACAGAACGAGAACGUCAGUUGACGACGGCGCGCGCAAACUAACAACUGGCUUGGCCAAUGGCAGAGCGGCAAAUUGGGCAUCGGAAGUCGUGUUUAGUCCUUUCCGCGCGCUCUCUCGUCGUCAACUGACGUUCCCGUCCUGUUGCUAAAUCAGUCUAAUUUGGGUAUGAAGGGAUAGUUACAGUGUGUUGAAGUAAAGUGGUGGUUGUGAUAAGCAUCUCAACCGACCCGUAAAAUAAACAACGCUACUACAUUAUUGACAAAUGGAAAAAAACUUCACACACGCUUAGUUUAUCGACGCCCAAAUAUACGCUCUCACAGCGUCUUGUUCUUUUUGGAGAUGUAUUGAUAUAUCAGUCUGGAGAAUUUGUCGGUGGAUAUAGGGGCUUUAAGACCGGGCUGAGGAGCAGGAAUGGUGCAGUGGUGAGAGCACUGGCCUCUCACUAAAGUGGCCCUGGUUCUUAGUUUCCACACUUUUACUUGAUCCAGAAUGCCUAGCACGUGUCAAAUCGAGUUCUUAAGGGCCUCUGAAUCAUAAUUUUUUUCCCUUCCUUUUCUAGAUAACCCAUUCCAGGCAAGCAAACAGGAAGGAUUCACUUCUGCACAAAUAGCUUCGAUUGUAGUUGCUGUGAUUGCUGGUUUAGUAGCAGCCGGGAUUGUUCUUUACAUUGUCUCUAAUUUCAGGUAAAAAAUUACAAAGAAUAUCACUGUUUGAUACAUUUCCCUCACCCCCUCCCCUGCAGCAUCUGCGGACCUUCAUGUGGAGCGCGUGUGCUAACUCGAAAUCUGGCCCUCUCUUCUUUAGAAGUUCGCUUUGCUUUUUUGCCUGCUUCCCUCCACACCCGUGCAGCCUUAAAUGUAUUGGAUGACCUCCCCCUCCCUCCCCCCCCCCCAAAAAAAAUACUAGCUGAAUUGCCUAAAGCCUAUGUUUCAAAGCGAGGCUAAUUGCAUAGCCAUGGAUAAUGAUUUUUAAUUUUAGUGUAAAUAAAAAUCAUUUUCUCAAGAAAGGUUUCACACUUAGCCUCGUUUUAAAAGUGAGAGGUAUUUGAACUCCUAAAUGGCCUAAUUGUGGGUUAAGAUGUGAAACAAAGCUUCAGACAUUUGAUAUACAGAGAUAUGUGAAAUUGAUGCUGUCAUACAUGUACACUGAACUUUAUUUAACUUUCUUUGCAGAAAAAAUCGAAGGGAAAAUGCCUCCCGACCACCCUUGAGUGAUUUGGUUCAGCUAGAUGACGUAAGU